CCCAUUAUCCCACUUCAGCGUCCCUCACUAUGCUCUUAUAGACACUCACUCACUUCCAUCCAUCCUUAGCCGCCCUUCUCGCCCCGUUCAUCGUCCAAGCCUCAGUCUCUCGUCAACAGCGCUGCCACAUCAGAGAUCUCGGCCAGUGCGCGCUUGAACGAUGGCCUCAAUUGAGGUGGCUCCUUCACCCGCGAAAACCCCACAUCGACUCAGGGCCCUACCCAACUUCAAAGCGAUGCAGAUGCCGGUGGCCGAACGCUUUCGCCUGCAUGCUCCCCAUUCACGCGAAGUGGAAGCUGAUCCUGCGAAGGCGCCGCUUCCGGAAGCGAAUAAUGAAGUUGAGCCCCGGUCAGGGCCAACAUCGGCGCCGGUCAGCGAGCCUCUUCCUCGCCUUUCAAGCCUUGCAGCCAAUCACCACACCAUCAGUAUCCCAAAGGCAGCGCUGAUCCCCGUGUCUGCCACCGGCUCCCAGAAGCAUCACUCGCGCCACGCGACUAAUCAUGUACUUUUAACCAGGUCCUCGCUCCACGUGGGACCAAAUUUUCCUGCUCACAACGCAGAAGCGCAAGCGAAUGGCGCAUUCGAAGACGAUGAGGUGAAAGGCCAGUUCGAAGACGCCGUCGAAGGCCAGGAGAAUUGGCCGCGGUCUACAAGCUCACCGGAAGGCGUUCCAGAAGUAUCGGAUACCCCGAGGCCUCGCGAGGAAAGAGACAGCUUGGAUCUGCAGCUUCGGAGCGCCUCAAUCGCUUUACAGGAGCUUCGUGACAGCGUGGCUGAACGCCCGAAGCGCCAUUCCACUUCUGUUACAUCAGUGCGAACACCGCCGUCCUUACCCGUUCAAGCUUUAAGACGAUUCAGUGACGUGACCGUCGCCUCUUCUCCAUCGCUGCUGUAUGCUGAUACACCAACAUUUGCUCAUUGGAAAGCGGCUUUUAGAGCUCGUCGCGAGUCCUUGGCUGCUGCAGCAAUAGAGCCAAUGUCUCCCGAUUCAGAGCUGCCAGAGAGUACCACUGCUGCUCGCUCAAAGCAAGUCACGCCCGCCACCGAAGAGGCCGGGAGCCAUGUUCUGACAGAACGCCCGGCUCAAGCCGCUCUGAAUGCCCCGGCCUCAGCACACCAUGGCGUCGGCACGUCCACCCAUCACCCUCACAGGCGUACGGUGAUGCUGGACGCCGCCGAUCACGAGGAGGAGUUAGACGGUUCGGAAGGCACCUCAGCUGGCAAAAUCGGCCUUGUCACCACACAAAGCCCCAUAUUGCGAGGUCGACGACUCGUCCGCAAAUCCCCGACGGCGUCCAAGGCAGUCUUGUCGCCCCCCUCUGAUUUGCUCAAGACGAGCAUUCUCCGAAGAGCUGCUGGGCAAGCAGCUCAGUCUCCCAACAGUGCCGGGUUCGGCUUGGGUAUUUUUGUGGACGAGACGCGAGCAGCAACUCAUGGCAUGGGCGAUCAAGACUCUGGAUUGUCGGCACGCGCGGUCGACGCUGAAGCGGGUCUUCCUCGUUUCAACAACGAAGAGGCACACGCAUUAGACAAGAGGAGCCCUGUCAUAGUCCAAUCCCACGCGCCACACGCCCGAAGCGCCGAAAUUAGAGGGAGCGAAACAACGCUGACCAACAACAUGGACUAUGUGAAUGCAUCUGACCGCACUGUCGACGCGAAUAUCCCAACCCAUAGCUCGAGGACGUCCUCCCCGGACACGAUGAUGCACACAGGCGCACGGGGUCGUGCCACUCCUCUGGGUGGUGGCAGCAUGGUAAAGGUCGUGUCAUCUCACCAAAGAUCGGAGCAGAGGAGCCCGCGGAUGAACAUCGCUGCGCGUCAUUGGAAUGUGACUUCGUCUGCGGCCGCAGGCACAAGUGCAGCCAACGGAGCACAAAGUAAGAGGAAGUCAGUCGACUGCCCUGAGACCAAAAGCCCUGCACUCAAGAGCUGGACGUCAUCGUUGGCAAAAAGUGCGGCAACCCCGCCUUGGUCCUCUCCGCAGCCCACCGGAGCGAACAGCGCAUCCAGCACUCCUGCGAUAUCUCAAACGCCUGCCUUUACCAGCGCACCUGCAUCGCCCAUGCCGCAAAAUGCUGAACAGUCAUCAAGCAUGGCUGCGGAAACUACUGCACCGGCUUCAGGUGCACCCUUCAAUCCUCCGCCUGCCGAGCAGGCCAACGACGGGGACCGAGGAACGAAUUCUGGCGCUCCAAUGAACAUGCAGGCUGUCGUCGCCGCGAGCACGACUGGCGCAAUCCUGCUCAUCCUUGCUUGCCUCUGGGCUUUCUUUGCACGCAAACGCCGCACUCGUAGGCAACGGCACCUGUCAGUGGUCCUCAGGAAGUUUGUGACGAGCUCAGGUGCAGACGAGCACGGCGCAGUGUUCCUCGGAGACCAAAAGGCGGGACUUAAUCACUCCAGCUCCACGCUAGGAUCUGUGGAGAAGCCGGCUUCGUUCGACCGCGGCGAGCGUCAGGGCUGUCAGGAAUCUCCCGUUAAGAACUCGCAGGCGAUCGACAGCGUGGCUUACUUCAGCCAACAGCGUCCAAGCAUCGCGGAGCUCCACCCAACCAUCAUCAGUCCAUGGUUGCAGACAGGCGAAGAAUCGCUUGUCACUCAAAGAUUGUCCGCCGACCUUGCGAGAUCUGGUCUGGUGAGUGCAAGUCCUAGCAAGGAUGCGAGCUUCACCUGGCAGCACCCCACCCUCUCAUUGCCGCCUGCGGCCGCUCGCGCCAUGGUGACGAGCCACUACGUCAAGCGUCGCUCGGCUAUGCCUGAAAAACUUCAAGGCGAUGCUACGCCAUCGUCAGACAACACAGCUUCCGGCGUGAACGUAGCGGCUGGCCAGUGGCGCAGUGACGCGCAGGGCCAGCUCGUGUACACCGUCACGAAUCCAGAUGAUACUCUCGUAAGUGAGGCUUAUGCUUCCUCGGCAUACGUCGACCCCAGUCUGGCAGGGAGCAGCCCUGCUCGGAUCAGCAGACAAAUAUCUGCAGAGAGUCAGGUCACAGCCUUGGUUGGUGCUAUGCGACCACGUUCUGAAUCCAUGAGCGGUUCGGGCUCCCGAUCUGGAUCUGAGCGUGUGCCCUGGAUUGGUGCCUUGCUUCGCGGGCUGCCCCGCAACAGCACGUCCACGCCACCCCGCGCUCGCUUUAGCCUACCCGUGCGCCCCGCACCCAACAGUCUUUCAAGCCUGUCUUCACCCGCAACCCACGCAAUGUCAACCGCUUCUACACGCGACAACGCCUUGUUCAACAGCGAGCACACCAGCGGCAGCGAGACUGGCGACGUCCGAUUCGUGAGCGAAGUAUACGAUGCUCCGUCAGUAGCUGCCGCCAUGCUUUAUGAGAGCCCAACAACAGCGCGAAAUGUUGUGAGCAGCGCUGCUCGCGCUAGCGGCGUCCUCAUGAAAGGACGUACACGCUCCAGCACCAUCUCACACAACAAGGGAGCUGCGCCUUCACUUCUGGCACAAGAUAUGUCUCCGGUUCAAAACGUGGGCUCCACGCGCACAUCUCUCGUCCAGCUGCCCAACCCUAACCACGCAGCUAGCUUUGAGCUGCCUCGACCCAACAAGUUUACUUCGCCUAUGGUCGUCAUUUCGCGACCAGGCUCGGAGAUCAGGACCAACGGUAAACGCAUGUCGCUGUGGCGCACGAGCUUGUCUACGUGUCGAGAAAACAGCGUGGACAGUCUUUCGGAUGCUGCGGAGGGUACAAGCCAGGCGUCGCGCUCCCCCUUGCCCAGUCCCAUCUCAACGACACACACAGGCGGAACGUUUGGCGCAGCGUGGGCAGCUGCUCUGCCACCCCAAAGCGACUUCGACUCCAGCGAGGAUGACUUGCGUCAGGGCUACGAGGCUGGUGAGGAGACAGAUGGAGAUGCUGUGUCCUCUGCUCGCUUCAGCGCCCGCUACCUUAGCCAAGGGUCCAGAGCACGGAGUGAAAUGACCUAUGGCGGUAGCAACAGCGGAGAGUCAUCUGCCUCUAGCAUGCCAGCUACACCUACGAAGCUCAUCAUUGAUGAUCAGCUGCCUUCGCUGGCACAUAUCAAUAAGAGCAUCCCUUCACCGAACGGCGUGCACAAGCGCGCUCCACGUCUUCCGCCGAUGCCACUCAUCACGCUCACUCUUGAUGAUGGCCUUGUUCAGCGACCUAUCUCUUUAACCAGCGACUCGAGCUCCGACGUCGAACAUGAUCAAUUCGCGGUCGACAGAGCAGAAGUCCUUGCGGAGGCUGUAGCGGCGUCUUUCUGUCGCGACGAAAUCGAUCAAUUUACCCGCGAACCGGGCUUCCCGCGCGUCGACUCCGCAAGUCUCAAUAGGCCCCCUUCCGCCGUGACGCAGACGCGUCUAGCCCUCCGAACGUUUGGGACGGAAGACAGCCUGACGAGACGCAUGCUCGACGGCGAACCACCCGUCCUGCAGAGCGACGAUGAGGGUGAAGACGAGCAACGUGCUGGCACAAGCGGAUCUGCCCAGAGGGCCGCGUCCUUGCAAAAGCACACCUCGAUUCCGACCCAUGAUUCCAACAAGGCCACUGUGAGACGCUCGCGCGAGCUGUCGGAGGAAGGAUAUGGAUCCGAUUCUGCAGAAGGAUGCCUCGAGCACGAUGAUUUCCCCACCUUACCUGCCUGGACGCCCAUGCGCAGACCUGGGCAGUAAAUUCUGCCGAUACAGUUUAUAACCUCAUCAAUCUUUUCUAGUAUGCAGAUUCAGACCUCUACGAACGUCCAUCUGCGCACCGCGCAUUCCAUUAGUUGAUGGUUCUUCUACAUGUAGCUUGCUUGAGGCUCUUCCCGCCCUGUCAAUGCCUCUCUCGAUCAACACGUCGCGCGCAGACGUACUGUCCUUCGUUGUAACCCCAGUCCGACCUCGAUUCUGCUGAGUCUAAUCUCACCUACACACUCGUUUGCUGCUUCCACGCCUCCUUUACACCGAGAAG